AUCGCCAACAGACAAACCCAAGCAACAAACAUGCCUUCACCUCAAAACGACUCUGAAUUUUCGCCUCGCGAGUCCCGCAUCAUCGGCGCGUUACUGGGUGUCCAUGCCGGUGACUCGCUUGGCGCAACGCUCGAGUUCAAAACUCAUACGGAUAUCGCCCGUGAAUACCCUCUCGGUCUUCGUGAUAUCGUGGGCGGAGGCCCCUUUCGAUGGUCGCAGGGCCAUGCAACAGACGAUACAGAUAUGACUCGCGGAGUCCUCCUUGCAUAUCACGACUACAAGGACGGCGACGACAUCGCGCAGCUCGCUGGCGACUAUUUCAUCAGUUGGCUUCACGGCGACUGGCCAGGCAGGCGCCCGGGAAGUCGGCCUGAGGAUAUUGGAGGGGCCACUGCUACUGGGCUCAGACUCUAUAAGCAGACGCAAGACCCUGACCGCGCCGGAGCUGGGCAAGGUAGUGCCGGCAACGGAAGCUUGAUGCGCUGCAUCCCAACCGGAUUGUUCCAACGCGAUCCCCAGAAGUUGGUUGAGGAAAGCAUUCGCAUCAGCAAGAUCACCCACGACGACAAGAGAUGCACGGUCGCGUGCGCGGCCUACAACACGAUUGUUUCAAAGCUCAUCGACCAAGUCGCACCCCAAGACGCCAUUGAGGCAGGUCUCAAUGUCGCCGAAACUCUUGAAGGAGGAUCUGGUCCAGUGUAUAGAGCUAUUGAACUCGGCAAAUCCCUCAACAUAGCAACAAUGGCUGCCACAGGACCUUCACCCGAACUUGGAGGGAGAUGCAGUGGAUACGUCCUCGAGUCACUGAGUCUCGCGAUCGCUGCGGUUCUUGACACUCGCAGCCUGGAGCACGUUGUCGUGGAUGUUGUUCGAAUUGGCUGGGAUACAGACACAAACGGAGCGAUCGCAGGAGGAAUAUUGGGAGCUAGGGAUGGAGCAUCAGCUAUCCCUCACCACUGGAAAUCAGUCUUGCAAUUUGGGCGUGAGUUCGAGAACACAGCUUUGAGUAUUUUCGAGAAAAACGCAGCCGCCUAAGAGCCCAGUCCUGUCGAGUACAUUGGUUGCCAACAACGUCCAGGCCAGCAUAGGUUCAUCAGAUAAUAGAGGUCCGAGGCCACAUGAAUAAGUUAAUGCCAUCUUGAGAAAUGAUAUCUGAUCACUGGAAUGUACAGUGGAUCGGUCAUGAGCUCGAAAGGUCGACAUCUGAGAGCGCUCGAGUGGCAGCAGGACUGGAAGUUACGAACAGGCAAGCCUUGUCGCCGCGCACUCCCACAUUGAUCUAUCCAUUUCGCCAUCUUUGCAGCAGCUCUGUGACCCCAUCGAGUGAUAAUAAGGGUUGACGACGUGGAUGUGCGCAGCCGGUACUAGCCUGGAAAUGUUAGCGAUCUUGGGGAGAAAGCAAGCAUCAGCCCUUGAUACAGGAUGUCAACACAAACUUAGGAAAGGGUAUCCUAGAUUUACCUAAACUUAUACCAAGUUACCUAAGCUUUUUACCAAACUACUAAAUACCCCCGAAGUUACCUAAAGCCGAAAGACUUCAUCAUCGAGGAAGGCAUCCAAGUUCCCCAGGCCUGACGAGACCAUAUUUGCAAAUUGACCCCAGCCCGAGAAAUCGACUCCAGACAUGCCAUUAAAGUCCAAUCCGCCGUUCUCGCCCA